CGAGCUAUUAGCAAUAUACAACUCAUCCUUUUCCAUUCUCUUUCGUCGAUUGCGGCUUGUGGGAUUGGACGUUGAAAUAAAGCUUGUUUUAAUUUCUCAUCUCUCUCUCCUCCUCUCUGUCGUUUACUUAUCGUUCACACACGGCGUCGUGGCUCAUCUCCUCUUUUGCUCUCACGCUUUCUAAAGAGCAGUCGCCGUGUAAAGCCACGUGCGCUCUACGGUGGUUGGUCUGAGAUUAGGAUUAGUCACUUGUAGAGUGUCAUACUGAUUAAGUUUUAAUUUUUAUAUUUCGUAUGCGCAAAGGGCAUAGUAACGUUUCUUAUUCAAGGAUUUAUUUUUAUGCGUUGAGUGCCAUUACAUUAUCAAGUGCUUUCAAAACUCAGUGACCUUGGAAGUCUACUAACACAAUGGAAUACUUGCUAAAUAACAUUUACAUACGAAGUCAUCAGCGCAGCCCGUCAGAUACACAAGCUUUUAAAGAAAGAACUAAGCGUGAUGCAUUGGCUGAUCUUCAAACCGAACUUGGCAAUAUCUUAUCUACAACUCCAGAGGAUCAAAAACAAACUAUUGAAAAACAACAAGAUGGAUUUAAAAAACUUUUUGAACGUUUUCUCGAGGAAGGUGGAUCUUCAUUAGAUUGGGAUAAAAUUCAAAAAUUGCCGAAUGACGCAAUUAAAGAUUAUAAUGAUCUUCCAGAUCCUACAGAAUCAGAAGAGAUAAAAUAUUUAUUGAGUAGAUUAGUUGUCAUAAAAUUAAAUGGUGGUCUUGGGACAAGUAUGGGCUGCCAUGGACCAAAAUCUGUCAUAACUGUUCGUAAUGGCCUUACAUUUUUAGAUUUAACAGUACAGCAGUUGGAGAAUUUAAACAAAACGUAUGGUUCAAAUGUUCCUCUAGUUUUAAUGAAUUCAUUCAAUACUGAUGACGAUACUCAAAAAAUUAUCAGAAAAUAUAAAGGAAUUGAUAUUGAGAUUCAUACAUUUAAUCAAAGUUGUUAUCCUCGCAUAAAUAAAGAAUCCCUACUACCAAUUGCAAAGCAUAGUAGAAUAAACGAUGAUAUGGAGGCAUGGUAUCCGCCAGGUCACGGAGAUUUUUAUGAGAGUUUUCGUAAUUCUGGUUUAUUGAAAUUGUUUUUAAGUCGAGGACGUCAGUACUGUUUUAUAUCUAAUAUUGAUAAUUUAGGAGCCACUGUUGACUUAAGAAUCCUUAAAUUAUUAUUAGGACCAUAUAAAACUGCAGAAAUUGAGUUUCUCAUGGAAGUUACAGAUAAAACAAGAGCAGAUGUUAAAGGUGGCACACUUAUCCAAUAUGAAAACAAGCUUAGAUUGCUUGAAAUUGCCCAAGUUCCUAAAGAACAUUUUGAAGACUUCAAAUCCGUUAAAACAUUUAAAUAUUUUAAUACAAAUAAUUUAUGGAUAAAACUUGAUGGUAUUCAUAGAGUUUUAAGACAAGAUGCACUUGAUUUGGAUAUAAUAGUUAAUAAUAAAACUUUUGAAAAUGGAUUAAAUGUAAUACAACUUGAAACUGCAGUAGGAGCUGCCAUGAAAACAUUUAAUGGAAGUUGUGGUAUUCAUGUUUCACGUAGUAGAUUUUUACCAGUAAAGAAAACGUCGGAUUUAUUACUUGUAAUGAGUAAUUUGUAUAUAUUACGUAACGGCUCCUUAAAUAUGUCUCCUAACCGAAUGUUUCCGACAACACCAUUAGUUAAACUUGGUGAUAAUCAUUUUUCAAAGGUCAAACAGUUUUUAACUAGAUUUCCAACAAUUCCUGAUAUUUUGGAAUUAGAUCAUUUGACUGUCUCUGGUGAUGUCACAUUUGGUAGAAAUGUUACUUUGAAAGGAACUGUAAUUAUUAUUGCUAAUCAAGGGGAAAGAAUAGAUUUGCCAUCAGGCACAAUUUUAGAAAAUAAAAUAGUUUCAGGAAAUUUACGAAUUUUGGAUCAUUAACAAAAUUAAUUC